UAUGGUAUAACUCAUGUACCGAUUGUACCGCCUAUAGCUGCUGUUCUGGCUAAACAUCCAAUGGUGGAUGAAUACGAUCUGAAAUCUAUAGAAACGGUGGGUUCGCCCAGGCCAGGCCAAAUCCGCUCCAGAACUGAUUCAUACAACUAUCGCAGCAAUGUGAUUUUUAAUGGCUCAAUUUUUAAACUACUUUUUAUUGUUUAAAGCUAACCUUUCUCCUUCUUAUAAUCAUUUCUAUAAUCCAAUAAAGCCUGAGACACCACAAACCUAGGAUGAUCAUUUUAGGAAAGUUAUUUGAGAAGAUGAAGGAAAGUUUUUUGAGAAGAUGAAGGUUUUUGAAGGAGAAACGGAGUUUUUAAUUGUUAUUUGAUGAGCCUGUUGUUAGCCAUGAUGAGCCAGGAGCUGCCGACCAUAGCAGUGUCGAACGGGAUGUUUUGUCCUAUCCAAUCCUGCCAUUUUAGGAUUUAGUCCUAUUAACUAUACGUUUUAAGUAUUAGUUUUUAUAAUUAAAGUGAAUGGAAACCCUAUUUACAAAUACAUUUAGCAACUUAAUGUAGAGCACAUUUUUCGAUUAAAAUAUUUUUAGGGUUUUUUAACAUUUUUAGGUUUUAUGUGCUGCUGCCCCCCUCAGUUCUCAGCUAAAGAAAUUGGUGUCAAACAGACUUAAUGUAGAUUGUGUGAGGAAUGGUUGGGGUAUGUCUGAGUUCUGUGCUGCAGCGAUCUGUCCCCGGCCCUCAGCAUCAGUCGACAGUAUGAAGAAGGGAAGUGUUGGAGAGGUUUUACCUGGACUAGAGGUUCGGGUUCUAGAUAUAGAGAAUAGAGAACCCUUAGGACCUAAUAGAGAGGGUGAGUUAGCUGUUCGGGGAGGAACUGUUAUGAAGGGAUAUCUUGGAAACCCAGGGGCUACAGCAGCUACCAUAGAUAAAGAUGGAUGGUUGCUGACAGGAGAUCUAGGAAUGUAUGAUGAAAAUGAGAAUUUUUACAUUACUGGAAGACUGAAGGAACUAAUCAAGUAUAAGGGUUGGCAGAUAGCGCCGGCUGAGCUGGAGGAUGCACUGAUUACUCACGAGGCUGUAGCGGACUGCGCCGUGGUUGGUGUGGAGGCCGAAGAGGACGGGGAUGGAGAAGUACCUCGAGCAUUCAUAGUUGUUAAACCUGGAUAUAAUCCAACACCUCAAGAUAUUCAGGACUUUAUUAAGGACAACAUGGCGUCCUAUAAACAGCUGAAAGGAGGAGUCGUCUUCAUUGAAACCAUUCCCAGAUCCUUGGCGGGUAAAAUACUGAGGAAGGAAUUGAAGAAAAUGUAGAAAUAUUCAAGAAGAAUAGAACACACAUUGUAUUUACUGUAUCUACAUCUAAUAAUUUAUAAUAAUAAUAUCUAUAACAAUGUAAAAAUGUAAUAAAUUUAUGUACAUUGUACAAUGUUUACAGGGCUACCCAAAGAAGGAUGAGACAGCAGAGAAAUUGAGCCUGUAAAACUUUGAUAUUUUAAACUUAGAUUAUUGAUGUGAUCUAAUAGAAUUCAUAGUUUGUAAUAUCUAUUAUAUAUGACAUUGGGCUGCAAAGAUUUAGGAAUUAGAUGAUCCGUUGUACAGUUAUUGCUUUGGCGUGAUCGUUAAUUUAUAGUUUGCUGUAUUGGGCUGCCUUGCAUACUUAAUUGGCAUGUUAGUAAUAUUUUUGCCGCUAGAGUUCGUGUCAUGAAGUUUCAUCCGUCGUGAGUAACUCUAUAUUUUACUUAAGACAAGUGAAUACAUUUUGUUUUAU